GCCAGAGCUACGCGGCGGCUGAGCGGAGGCCUCGUGCCGUAACGGCCAUCGCGGCGGCCGCGGCGGUCUCCCGGUCCCUUCCUCAGGUGAGCUGGGGCCCACGGACCCGGCAGAAGGAAGAAUUUCCAGAGGCUGUAUGAAUGCACUGGUGUUUUAUAAUAAGAUGUCAACAUUUGAAGAUCUGCAAAACUUAGUGAAUAUAUAUCGCAUGAUGAUACAGAAUCAUGUUGCUGAAGCUGCUGAAAGAUGGCAGAAGAAGUGGUGGUAGUAGCCAAAUUUGAUUAUGUAGCCCAACAAGAACAAGAGCUGGACAUCAAGAAGAAUGAGAGAUUAUGGCUUCUGGAUGACUCUAAGUCCUGGUGGCGAGUUCGAAACUCCAUGAAUAAAACGGGUUUUGUGCCUUCUAACUAUGUGGAGAGGAAAAACAGUGCUCGGAAAGCAUCUAUUGUAAAAAAUCUGAAGGAUACUUUAGGCAUUGGAAAAGUGAAAAGAAAACAUAGUGUGCCAGAUUCUGCAUCUCCUGCUGAUGAUAGCUUUGUUGACCCAGGGGAACGUCUCUAUGACCUCAACAUGCCUGCUUAUGUGAAAUUUAACUACAUGGCAGAGAGAGAGGAUGAAUUAUCAUUGAUAAAAGGGACAAAGGUGAUCGUCAUGGAGAAAUGCAGUGAUGGGUGGUGGCGGGGUAGCUACAAUGGACAAGUUGGAUGGUUCCCUUCAAACUAUGUAACUGAGGAAGGUGACAGUCCUUUGGGUGACCACGUGGGUUCUCUCUCAGAGAAAUUAGCAGCAGUUGUCAAUAACCUAAAUACUGGGCAAGUGUUGCAUGUGGUACAGGCUCUUUACCCCUUCAGUUCAUCCAAUGAUGAAGAACUUAAUUUUGAGAAAGGAGAUGUAAUGGAUGUUAUUGAAAAGCCUGAAAAUGACCCUGAAUGGUGGAAAUGCAGGAAGAUCAAUGGAAUGGUUGGUCUGGUGCCAAAAAACUAUGUUACCAUUAUGCAGAAUAAUCCAUUAACCUCAGGUUUGGAACCAUCACCUCCGCAGUGUGAUUACAUUAGGCCUUCACUUAUUGGAAAGUUUGCUGGCAAUCCAUGGUACUAUGGGAAAGUCACCAGGCAUCAAGCAGAAAUGGCAUUAAAUGAAAGAGGGCAUGAAGGGGAUUUCCUCAUUCGUGAUAGUGAAUCUUCGCCAAAUGAUUUCUCUGUAUCGCUAAAAGCACAAGGGAAGAACAAGCAUUUUAAAGUCCAGCUAAAAGAGACUGUCUACUGCAUCGGGCAGCGUAAAUUCAGCACCAUGGAAGAACUUGUAGAACAUUACAAAAAGGCACCAAUUUUUACAAGUGAACAAGGAGAAAAACUGUAUCUUAUUAAGCAUUUGUCAUGAUAAUGCUGAUCAGAAGUGACUGCUACACAGCUGUAAUUCGUCAUAUAAUUGAAGACUGAGAAAAUGUCAGUCCAAUUAUGUUUGAUUGGAAAUCACUUUCUGACCCUACAUAAGAAUUGACUAUAAUACAUAAGUAUUUUUAUUAUAACUCAGCCCAUACAUAUAUACUACAUAUGCAAAACAUCUGCACAAAGCAGUUCCUUAUCCUUGGUCUUCUGUUUUAUUGUUUUCUUUGCUCUUUUUCUCUUUGCUUCUAAUAUUAAGGUUUUAUAUUUUGAAGAAAUGAUGCAGAUCAAAAGUCUUUACAUGGAAGAAUUUAUUGGUUUAUUUUCUUUAUUUCCUUGUAAGGGUACCAUAUUAGUCACUUGGUUUGCACUUGCAAUGGUUUCUCUUCAUAUAAAAUUAUUAUAUCAGUAUAUGGCAUAUGCUAAAAUAAAUUUCUUGGACAGUGUUCUUUUCUGUGACUAAAUAGCAAUAAUAAAUGGAAAAUUAGAAAUUUUUUCAGGUAUUUGUUGCAAGCCAUUGUAAAUAUCAAGUAUGUUAUAUCUGCCAUUUUAAAAAAUUUAUUCAUUGUCUUCAUUGUAAAGCAAAACAAAUGGGACAUACAUUUGAAAAUGUAUCUUGUACACUUCUAAUUUACACCUGUUGGAAACAAAAAUCUCUAAAUUUCUAGGAUUUUUGCGGGGGUGCUUCUUAUCUGGUUAUUCAAAAGAAUAAAGCAGUCUCUGAGAUAUUUAGCUUUUCAGACUAUAAAUGGAUGCUCUAGUGUUA